CGGCUGCACAAGUUGUUAUUGGUGGUGUACGCGGUCUUUUUUUGUAUUUUAAAUUUGUAAAAAGAUUUUAAAAAUGAAUUGUUUAACAAUUAAAAAACAACAUACAAACAUUAAGUAAUUGCAAAACAAUAAUAAUAAUCGCAAGAUAAAUAAAGUAAUAUUUGUUGCAAAAUUAACACGAAGAAAAAAAAAAAACAAAUUUAUAAGGCAAAGUGAAUAAUUGUGUAAAUUUGCCCAAAAACAAGAAAUGUGUAUUAUUUAAAAGAAGAUUGAUGAUGAUGUGAUUGCAUCUUUGCAAGAAACAAAAAAAAGUAAAUAAAAAACAAAAACAAGUUUUAAUUUAAUAUUCGUUGAACGGAUCAAGUUUUAAGGAAAGUUUUGUUUACAUUUUUUACGUCGUCUUCUCGAUCUUUUGUGUUUCUUCUAAAGUUGUUUAAAAUGAAUGUGGAAUGACCAUAAUAAAGUGUAGAAAUUGUUUAAGACAACAAAACUCUAAAUUCCAAACACUUUUUAGGCUUUUCAGCCUUGACAUGAUUUAUUUUUAAAAAUUCUAAUAAAACUGAAAAGAAAACAAUGAUUUAUUAGUUCCACCUUCUUAAUGUUUUUACCCUGAAUACGAGAUAAAAAGGGGCUUUUUACAAAUUUCCAGUUAAACGUGCAGCGGCUAAUUUAUUUAAGAUGUCGUUGACAAAAAAAGAUCCGUCAUUUUGUGUGGCAGCAAAUGAUCCUCACCUGGUUAGUUUGGGAGGUGGACGUUUAAGUACAGCUGUAACCAUACACAAUAUACCGAUUGGUGAUACCACGAUCGGAUCUUCGACCCGUUGCAGUAUAUCACUCAAUGGUACUGGUAUACGUCCGCUGCACUGCACCAUUUAUCGUAGCGAAGAGAACGAAGUAACCUUAGUACCCGAACGAGAUGCACGAAUACUAAUCGAUGGUCAUAAAAUCGAUGAUGAAGUGAAUUUAACACAAGGUGCCAUGAUAACAGUGGGAAAAUCAUACUAUUUACGUUUUAAUAAUCCAGCCGAAGCACAACAAAUACGCACAGCAAUGGGAUCAAAUGAAAGAAUCUCAAUGCCACAAUUAGAUUUUGCACAGGAACGACAAAGGCAUUCCGCCAAAAGUUGUAAUAGUACAGGGACUUCCUCAAGUGGAGAAGUGACAACAUAUCAAAUAGACUCAUUCUAUGAAACAACAAUACAGUCUUCCCUAAGAAAGGAAAACGGGCAGGAUGGCAAUUAUGUAAAGUCUGCCGUUAAUGCUUAUAACAAUUUGGCGCCCAUAGAUAUAAAUGGUUUGCAGUGUCCCAAAGUUUUCACCGCCGAUUUAGUAACAGUAAAUAUGCCCGCCAAAGAUGUUUUAGGGCAAAAAUAUACAAAAUUUGCCAAGAAUUUGGCGGAACACCAUCGUAAUGAAAAGAAUCUUAACAAUGCCUGGCAUAAUAAUCAAAAUCAAAUGAACAAUAGUCGCAACAAUGGCAAUAUCUAUGACAAUGUACCAGCACUUAAGGUAAACAAUCAAGAGCCAAACUCUAGGAAUGCAGAAUACUUGACAAAAUUAAAACAAGCCAAUGAGACGCAUAGACAAGCAGUAAAUGCCUACGAUCGUUAUCCCAAAUUGGGUAAUAUGCAAAUAUUUCCCAUGACCACUAUUAACAAUGAAAUCAAUAUACAAACUUCCAAUAAAUUACAAAUAAAUUUUCCAGAACAUAAUGGUAAUAUAACCUUAGAUGAGAAGGAACAUUUAGAUGAUAUGCUGAAAAUUUGCUCAGAAUAUACUGAUCGUCAAAAUCAAAAUUCUAGUAAUUGUGGCAGCAUGUCUUCUUCACCCAUUGUGCAAAAUCGCAUUAAAACCAAUGGUUCUUUACCGCGUGACAAGAAAUCACCUUUUCAACAUGACUUAUCGAGCAGCUCUCUUAUGCAGCAAUCAUUUGAGGGCAGUUUUAAUAAUCUUUCGAUUAAUAACAGUGAACUGUCGGGAAAUAAUAGUUAUUCUACCGGAUAUGAAAAUGUACGUAUAGUGGCACAAAAUCGCGUUGAGUUAAAUGGCCAAUUGGUGGGUUCUCCUAAAUCGGGUUAUGAAAAUGUUGUCAUUGGAAAAUAUAUACCUCAAUCGCCACGCACUAAAAUACGCACCAACUGCAUGUCACCCAAAAAGGAGCAAAGUUUUGGCAGCAUAUUUUCUUCACAAAAACCAGAGCCUCAAACUUUGAAUAAUAGUAAGUCUACAAAGCAACAGGAAUACGAUGAUUUACUAAAAACUUUUGGUGAGAAAUUACAACAAGAAAUGCAAAAUAUCGAAGAAUGUAGUCGUUAUCAACCUCCCCAGCCUGCAACAUAUGCAACACCCCAGCAUAGAAGUAAUAAGAAUAUCAAUAAUCUGAAAUUGAACCUAAAACCUCCUAGCUCUUUACAAAAUUCUCCUAAACCGAACAAGAAACCAGCGCCAGCUCCUAGAACAUUACUAAAAUCUGGCAAUAGUAGUACAGGAGGCAGUUUGCCACACUUGGCGGGUGUUAGCCAUUCUCAAGCUGUUGCCGAUGAAAAGGAACAGCAGAGAAAGUCGGAGUUGGAUUCUUUAACUUUGUCCAAACAGGAAUUGGAAAAUAUUUUGGAUAUGUUACAGGAUAAAAUUCAUCGCUUGGAAGCUCAACGUAAUGCUACUCGUGUUAUGGAGGAAAAUCAACAGGCUAAAUUGAAACAAUCGACUGAAAUGAAAAUGGAUCAAGUUAAAAAGCUUAAAGACAUGCUCAAACAAAAACCCAAUAAUGAAUGCCUUAAAGAAGAACUCAAAAAUAUAAGUGAAUCUCUCGAUAAUGAUCGUAAACAAUUUGAAGAUUUAGAAUUUCAAUAUUUAGAAGAAGAAUCCGAAUGGCAUGCAUAUCAUGAAGAAUUAAAAACCGAAGAGAAAAUGUUAAUACAACAAAUUGAGGAAAAAGAAAAGGAAUUACAAAAUUUACAAAGCCCCACCAAUAAAACAGCAGCUACACAAAACAACAACAACAACGAUAAAGCCAGUGAUAUUACAAAUUCUCCCAGAAAUAAAACCAACAAACUUAAUUCUUCCUUAUUACAAGAUAGUCCGCUUAAUAAACCCUAUGACAUAGGAGAAGCUAUAGGUAUAAUGUCUCAAUCAUUAUUUGGUUCGGCGGAAAUGUUGUGUCCCAAACGUAACAACGACAAUGAUAUCAUGUCAAAGAGUGUUAAUGAAAAUAUGUUUUUCAAUAAUAAAAUUGAAUUUGGCAGCUCUACAACAACGGCAACUAGCAGUACUCCUAAAAGACAACCACAAUUGCAAAUAGUUAAUAUAGAUGAUUCACAGCUAACAGCGUCCUAUAAACAGGAGAGUAUUUCCAAAUCAUGUGAAUCUUUUACACAAGCAGUACGCUGUAAUCUCUCCUUGGGUAGUGAUGAUUUUGAGGUGAACCCUUUGGAAAAACGUAUACCCUCUCAAGAUGAUAUCGAUCGUAUAUCAAAGGUAACCACUGAUGCACCCAUAUCAUCGCAAGGAGCCACCACUAAAAUAUUCGAUUCAAUUAAGGAGAUUGAACGUAAUCGACAACUAUUAUUGGCGCAACAAGGUCAUCAUGUCAUCGAACAUGAGCGUCAAAAGAUGAAUGACCUAAAGAAGAAAAUACACAGCGAAGCACGUGCUCAAUAUAUUUCUAUAUUUAAUAGAAAUAAUACUGAUGGCAUUAACACUGAAAGUGAAUCUCAAUCAUCGACAACACAACGAUCAUCUCAAAAAACUCAACAACAAAAAGAACAACAUCAAAAGCAGCAACAAGAAAACCACCCACUAAUGGACAAAGAGAAUCAACCGAAUGUUGAGAAAAUAUUGCUGGCAACAACGAAAAAUUCUCAAAAUUCUAACAACAAAAAUGAUGAUGAAUCUUUGGGUCAGCAACGUCAUUCACAGCCCGAAUUUACAACAACACAACAUCAUUAUGACGAUGAACCCAAACGUCACAGUGCCAAUUCUCGUCCUUUAUCAGAAGCCAAUUCAGAUAUUGAACCUUUGGGUCAUCAAAAUUCUUCCAAAUCGAAUAUGGAACUUAGCACUAACACUGCCUAUGCCUUAGAGAAACGUCUUAGUUCAAAUUCAAAUGAUGGCAGCAAUUCUAUGUUGGGUAGUCAAAAGUUACGCAACAAGGAUUCUUCGGAUGCUAAUGAACGUAAGAGAGUUUUACCCAAACAUCAGAGACCUUUAACACGUUAUUUGCCGAUCUUUUCACCGGAUUUGGAUUUAAGACAACAUAUAGAAUCGGCUGGUCAUCAAAUAGCUUUGUGUCCUCAUGUUUUUGUUGAUUCGAAUUCGUGUAGAGGGUAUUUACAUAAACUAGGAGCCACAUUUCAUGGUUGGUCUAAGAGAUGGUUUGUUUUGGAUAGACAACGUAAUGCUUUUAUUUAUUAUUCCGAUAAAUUGGAACGUAAACCAAGAGGAGGCGCUUACUUUUCUACAAUUGAUGAAGUUUAUCUAGAUCAUUUGAAUAUAUCCAAAAGUGGUCGUCCUCAUUGUACAUUUAUUGUUAAGACUAAAAAACGCAGCUAUCAAUUACAGGCAGCUUCUGAUGCUGCAGCCAGAAUAUGGAUUGAUGCCAUAAUAACUGGAGCUCAAGGCAACUUAGACUAUUAAUUUUUAAAAUAAGUAUUACAAAACUUUAUACAAAUAUAAAUACAUACAAUAACGUAUAUAUCUAUUAUAUAUACAUAUAAAUUUGUAUUUUUAAAUAAUUUUAAGUAAUAUUUACUAUUAACUUUAAGCAAGAGUUUAACUAAGUUUUUUUUUUUAAUUCUGUAUUUUUUUAUAUAUAAGAAGAAAUGCUCAACCAAAGGAAAUAUAUAUAUGAAUAUAUAUAAUUUUACAUAAAACAA